AUGGCCGCUAGUCUGCCUAUGAGUCCUCAGUUGGAGCAGAUCCACGGUGAAAUUCGAGAUAUUUUCCGUGCAUGCAGUAGUGGCUUCCAGAAGCUGGAUAAGAUUAAAGAUUCAAGACAAAGUAAGCAGCUGGAAGAACUCACAGGGAAGAUGAGGGAUUGCAAAAGGUUGAUAAAAGAAUUCGACCGUGAACUUAAAGAUGAAGAGGGCAGAAGUUCCCUGGAAGUGAACAAGCAACUCAAUGAUGAAAAGCAAUCCAUGAUCAGGGAGCUAAACUCUUAUGUGGCAUUGAGAAAAACAUACAUGAAUGCCAUUGGUAAUAAGAAGCUUGAGCUUUUUGACAUGGGAGCAGGAGCCGGUGAAUCUAUGGGUGAAGAAAAUGUUCUAAUGGCAUCAGUUAAGGUGCAUAUUUCAAUGUCAAAUCCGGAACUCAUCAACGCCGGGAUGAAGACAAUGGAUGAAACUGAUCAGGCUAUUGAAAGAUCUAAGCAGGUUGUGCAUCAAACAAUUGAAGUGGGAACCCAAACUGGUACAACUUUAAAGGCCCAAACUGAUCAAAUGGGCCGUAUUGUUAAUGACCUGGAUUCGAUUCAGUUCUCAAUUAAGAAAGCCUCCCAGCUUGUGAAGGAGAUUGGUAGGCAGGUGGCUACGGAUAAGUGCAUCAUGCUUUUUUUGUUUCUCAUCGUCUGUGGUGUAAUUGCCAUAAUUGUUGUAAAGAUUGUGAAUCCCAACAGCAAAAAUAUCAGGGAUAUUCCUGGCUUGGCGCCUCCAGUUCCCUCCAGGAGGCUUUUGUAUGCAAGGACUGUCAGGUCUCGUCAUUCAAUUCGAGAUUUUAUUAAACAGUUCUUGCCGGCUUGUGUGUGCAUAUCCUCUAUCCUCUUUGUCAUUUAGGUUUGUUGUAGGGUUUGAAGGAAUGUUACCUUCCUCGGAGAUUCCACCUUGUACAUGCUCCACUCAUUGAUCUAUGGCCAUUUUCCCUUUUUUCUUUAAAAAAAAAUAAUAAUUCUGUACGACUGUACUGUACCUGUAAUCUCCUGGUUGUUGGAUUUUGCGCUUCAU